UACUAACACGCUGGUGACGUUCUGUGGUGCACUGCACUCUUUCUCACGCGUCCCCAUCUGAUAAGAAUUUAGGGAUGUUUAACGUUCAGGUGUUCGGUCAGGAAUUCACACAGCCCCUCUGAGGAUUGGAAGGUGCCCGCUCCCCUGUCCCGUGCACGGGCGGGGCCUCUCUGGGCCCGCCCACAGCACCCUCCUCCUCCCGCACGGACCGCUCUAAAGCUUUCGCUCCCCAGUGAAGGACCACUGGCACCGCACUGACAAGGCCAGCCCACCUGGUCGCGGCAGUCUGUCGUGUCCAGCGACGCCGGCCCAGAUGUCUGUCCCAUCCCGAGCAGAGUGUGGGCUACAGUCUGCCCAGGGGCCGACUAGCCGCUGUUGGGGUCUUCCCAUGUGGUUUCUCUUGUGUGUUAGGGCCCAGGCAUGUAAUAGAGUUACCUUUGUCUGCACCUCUCUUCAUCAAGAGCAAAGCUUGGUGUCUUGGCAACCAUUAGAGAAGGACCCCAGCACCUCCUCCGUCUCCUUUCCUGCUCAACCCAUACACUGGGCCUCCUUUCGGGAGGGUGCGGAUCUGUGCCCACUGGACCCAUGAUGGGGCUCGAUUGGAGGGGGCAGGAAGGGACAGGACUGGGCAGCGACUGGCCAGCCUGUGGUCCCUCAGAGCCGCUGCUUCUACCCUAGACCCAGGCCACUGGACCAGCUGUUUCCAGCCCCAAAGUAGCCAAACCGUCCAGUGCAGACGAGGCCUGGACGUUUGGGUUGACCCCUGCUGGGCAGAGCCUGUGGCGUGCCUACGAAUGGGGCCGUGCUUGCUGUCUGACGAUGCUGGCAGGCACUUGGCCUUCUUGGCCCCCGGAGGUGGGCUGGUCACGUGAUGCUGCCAUGCUGGUCAGUUUGGUCGUGAGUUCAAGCGCAGGCAGCAUUUUGGGUAUUUCAUGUGGUAAGUGAAGAUAACUUUGAAGUCCUUUCCAGAGUCUGCAAAGAAGGAGUUUUGGUGCCUGGUUAGUUACCCUGACGUCUGGCCAGUACGGGCCUGACAGCCCACUGCAGUGCACACAGGCCUGCAGGGCUCACACCAAACUGCCUGGAGACCCCCAAGCUGACCCCCUGCCCCAGAGUUGCCAUUUUCCUUCCUGCCCUUUCCUGCUGCAGCGGUUUGGGACCUCCUGGGGUGCAGGGUUUUCCCGCCAGCCCCCGCUGAGGCCCCACUGAGCCAGGGCGUGAGUGGUAGAAAUGGGUCCCAUGUCUGGGCAGGACCAGAAGGGAACCUUAACGGAAAGUAAGUCACCAUUGUCCCCCACCCCCGCUGGGCUCCCAUUUCUCAUCCUGCCGUUUCCCAUAAAAAGCCUGCUAGCAUGUUUGUGAGCGCAGGAAAGUGCUCCAUCCCCCCACCGUCACCUCCGUGGCUCUGAGCACCCCGGGCCACAUGCUCUUCCUGCUGAGGAGUUUAUAUCUGUAGGAAGUAACACUGUGAAUGUGAGGUUUGGAACCGUUCCCCUUAGUAUCCAUAUCACUGGGCUCACCUGCAAGCGUCAUUGGUCUUCCCUUGUUUGCCAUCGACCCGAAAUAGUCUUAACAAGGGGGCCUGGAGCCCAGCUCUGGCCGAUACGUAUAUCUCAGUAUGCAAAUACGCAAGGCUACCAAGAAUGGCCGCGUCAGUUCUUUGCAGAAGUCGGCUUUUCUUAGCCGUGCCACGGGGAGUCGGCUGCAUGGCAGAGACGUCUAGGAACUGUGUCAUUGCUCAUUAAAAUCCUACUGAGAAAAGGGUCCAUCCACCUUGCCAGCUCUCUGCACAAGGAAUUAAAAGACUAUCAAGUUCCUAGAGGUCUGUGGCAAGCAGCAGUCAUAUCAUCAAUCCAAAUGUUGUUGAAAAUGCUAAUUUGGCAGGUUUGUUUGCAGAGGGGGGGUUGUUCUGCUGCCGACACUUUGAGCACAGACUUGAGUGAAACCAGGGUGAUGCACGUGCCUUCCCCAGAAACGUGCCUCCCUUCCUUGUUGCCCCGCUGCGGGCUGCCCGUACCCGCUCCUCCACCCUAUUUUUGCCAGCAAAUGGAUCUUUUCCAGAGGAUGAAUGCGGCUGACCCCUCCAGACACCCAGAAUGUAGCACCAGAAGGCCCUGCCUCUUAGAGGACCCCCAACCGCACCCAGGCCCCCCCAUUGCCCGUGUCACUUCCAAGUCCCAGGGCCCCGGGGCGGCUUCUCCCAGGAGCUGCAGCGAGCCCUUGUUGUGGGUUUUGUUGGAACAGACUCUGACCAGCAAGAACUGCCCUUGGCCGUCCUGUAGACAAAGCUUCCUUCUGUGGCGGGGGGCUGCAGGGGGCGGGGUUCUCUGGCAUUUCCGGGGAGUGGGAUUCAUUUCCUCUUGAUACUGGGAGCAUCCUUCCCAGCAUACGUCCUCACUCUGUGUUGUGUCCUUCCCUCUCCAGUGAGCCCUCGAAGCCACGGCUGCCAGCCGUGUGACCGUGGGACGGUUCUGUGUGGGGGGCAGGGGGCAGUAGCAGGGGAGCGGCCUUGCUGGAGAGCUCAGGAGGACUGCUGGUGCUGCCGGCCUGGAAGGUUCAGGGGUCACUUUCCCCCGCGCACCUGUCACUUUUAAUGCAGCUGAAGGAACCCUCUUCCCUUGCCCCGAGUGCCUCGGGGAGCACCUGGCCCUGGACAGUCACUGCCGUUUCCCUGUGCAAACAGGGUGGUGACCGCCGGCGCUGGAGGAUGGUGGCCCUUGUGGACCUGCUGCAUGUGGUUGGGCUCUGAGUGGGGCCACCUGUGCAAACUCCCUCCUGGGCACUGUGGCCGAGUGUCUGUCGGCAGGCCAUGUGCUCCUGCUGCGCCGCCUGCCACCGCCACCCCACGCGGGGGCCAGCAAGGCUGUGAGGGGCGCGUCCCGGAGCCCUGGCCCGGACCUGACUGUCCGCUGCCAAGAGGAGAGGGAAGGACUGACCUGCAACGUGUAUUUAAGUUUUUAAACUGCUGCAAACGUUGUGUAUCUGAAUUAAAGGGAAAUGACACCCCAUGCUGCUGUACGAGGCAUGCUUGCUCGCGGGGAAGCCCCGCCGGGGACGCGGGCCCGCGCUGGGGGGGAGAGCGGGCCGGUUGCGUCCCAGGAGGGCCCCGCAGACAUGAGCUGCUUGCGACGUUACGAUCUGGUUGUGCCAGGGCCACGUGGCUUGGGCGUUGAGCCUCUGGCUCCACGUGUGUCUGGGGCCCUGCGGGGAGGUGAGGGCCGGGGCGGGGCUGGAGUGCUCACGUGGGCUGGGACCUGGCCGCUGAGCUCCCCUCGGGGCCCUGCCGGCUCCUGGGCUCCCGGGCUCCUGGCCUAUCCAUUUGAGUUUCGAAGUCAUUCUGCUUGAAGUCCUCGCAGUUCCCCGAAGUCUUGCCUCCUCCGCUGAAUGGGGCGCCGUGCUUCUUAGCUCUGGGCGGGCUCCUGCUCGUGAGCCAUGGUGGUGGGUGUUGUAGCCCGGGCCACACCCCCAGGCAGCGGGCUGCUCUGGCAGGGUACCGCGACCGCGUCCACUGCAGUCCGGUGGGUUCCCGCCCAUCGACAGGGCGGCCCCAGAGCCCACACCACGGUGGGUGCCAGACAGAGGACACGGCAGCUUAGUCCCUGCCCUUGGGGGAGCAGUGCGACUGAGCGUGCGGACCUCCCCCGGAUUCUGUGGCGGCCCCGCGCCCCUGCCCUCAGGAGCCAGAGCACCCCUUGCCCUGCACUGGGACCGUGGUGGGGCGUUUGUCUGCUGCGGCUGGGGUCUCACUUCAGUUCCUGUCAACAUUUGAUGGGGGCGACUUCAGCUCCCCAAAUCUGUCUGCUCUGUGAUACAAUUCCGAGGCCUCUGAUGGUCCCUCCCAGCUUCCAAGGCUCUAUCCCCCUUCCUGGUCCAAGCAUGGACAGCCAGACCCUGCCUGGUGCACCUGAGCACACCUGGCCUACCUGUUCUUUCUAGAAAGAAGGGUCCCAGGGCCCCUGGCGUGAGUGGGCUUUGCUGCUGCCCACGCCCUGCUUGCCCUCCGUAGAGGGUGAGACCCCGCUGUUCUUCAGAGGAAGCCUCUGCAGGCCUGCUGGGUGUGUUGGAGGCGGCCGACCUCGCCCCGCAGGCAGCCUGGCCAUACUCAGCACCGCUGGAUGAAGCAUUCUGCCUGGGCCUGUGGGCACAGACGUGGGCACAGACGUGGGCCUGCUUUGUGGCAUCACCAAGACUCCUUUGGUGAGGGAAGCUCAUGGAAAGCCAUGAGCACGUCCUGCAGUUUUCACUGCUUUGGGGACCUUAACGUCUGCUUGGACGGCGCUUCCUCACCAGCUUCCCAAGCAGGAAACCUGGAGGCCACUCCCAACGACCGUCUCCCUGCUGGCCACGUCCUCUGGGGAGCCUGGGGCUCAUAGGCCUGAGGGGCACUAGAGGUGUGGGUGGGCCCAGGGGACCCACCGAGGCAGAGGGCUGGCAGGUAAGGGUCUGGGCUCCCCAGGGAUGUAGGGAAAAGGGCAGUGGUGCUGGCCUGGUGAGCUGGGCUUGCAGCCCCCCCCCCCCCCCGCCCACACACCCACCCGUCCACACAGCGCUGGGCCGCAGCUUGGAGCUUCCUUCCACUGUGAGCCGGCCACCCUGGGACGAUCGUCGCCCCCUUCUGCCGGGACAGCCCCCCCUCUGGCCCCGCCCUCCCGGGGCUCCACCCUGCCACCCCUGCCAUACUGCCGCCACCUUCCACGUGCUUUCCUGCCUUUGCCCAGGAUGGAGUGUUCGCACUGCUCAGCUCGACCGCCCACCGUGAUGGGCUCAGCUCACUGGCGUUGGCCCCUGCCUGCUGCCAGAGGCUCUUCACGGGCACACCUGCUUCCUACCCUGGGCCCCCACGCUGGCCCGCCGGGCCGGGCAGGGCUGGCACAGCCAAGUAUCUCAGACCGAGUGUCCGUUCACGGCGAGACAGAGGCCUACAGGGCGUGGCCGCACAGGUACCCCUGGCCUCCUGCCGGGGCUUGACUACCCCUUCUCCCUGCAGGUCCCGCUGGAUACCCAGUCCCCGGCCCUCUGCCUCCCCACCCCUCGGAGACUGAGGGUCCCAGCAGGCCAUGCAGCUGUGCCAAGGUGCCUCCAGCAUGGCUGCGGCCGAGGUGCCCAGCUACCUCGUGUCCCCUCAGACAGAGAAGCACCGGCGCGCCCGCAACUGGACGGACGCGGAGAUGCGUGGCCUCAUGCUCGUCUGGGAGGAGUUCUUCGACGAGCUGAAGCAGACCAAGCGCAACGCCAAGGUGUACGAGAAGAUGGCCAGCAAGCUGCUGGAGAUGACUGGGGAGCGCCGGCUGGGCGAGGAGAUCAAGAUCAAGAUCACCAACAUGACCUUCCAGUACAGGAAAUUAAAAUGCAUGACAGAUAGCGAGUCCGUCCCGCCCGACUGGCCCUAUUACCUAGCCAUUGAUAGGAUUCUGGCCAAGGUCCCCGAGUCCUGUGAUGGCAAACUCCCGGACGGCCAGCAGCCGGGGCCCUCCACGUCCCAGACCGAGGCGUCCCUGUCGCCGUCUGCUAAGUCCACCCCUCUGUACUUACCGUAUAACCAGUGCUCCUACGAAGGCCGCUUCCAGGACGAUGGCUCCGACAGCUCCUCCAGCUUACUGUCCCUUAAGUUCAGGUCGGACGAGCGGCCCGUGAAGAAGCGCAAGGUGCAGAGCUGCCACUUCCAGAAGAAGAAGCUGCGGCUGCUGGAGGCCAUGCUGGAGGAGCAGCGCAAGCUGAGCUGCGCCAUGGAGGAGACGUGCCGGGAGGUGCGCCGCGUGCUGGACCAGCAGAACCUCCUGCAGGUGCAGAGCCUGCAGCUACAGGAGCGCAUGAUGAGCCUGCUGGAGAAGAUGAUCGCCAAGUCCAACGUGUAGGCUGCCAGGCGGUAGGCGGGCGGGCAGCCAGGGCCGGGCAGGCCGGCCACACGACAAGGGCCAGCCGGGCCAGGCCGGGUCCCGGAGGAGGCAGACGGCCUCCUGCUGGCCCCUGGGGCUGCUCCCGGAUCGGACUUCCCUGCACGGAAGCCGCUCCUCAGACACAGGCCGGGGACUCCAGGCUCGCUCUGGGGCGAUUCCCUAGUAAGAACUCCUAGCAUCUGUUCUCCAAUACCGUCACUAUCAGUGACGCUUGAAAUGGCUUUUGAUAUCAAAUGUGUAGUUUUUCAUGACUCCCUGGAAGCAGAGUUCACUUUCUCAGCUCAGAGGGAAUGCACCAGGUUGGUCUAUUCCAAAAACAAAAGCGAACAGAAACAGGCUGGUGGCAGCUUGGCGCCCAGAACAGAAACCCUCCCGAAGGGGGAAGGGGAGACGGCUGUUUCAUCCCGCACUGGAGCCCGCAGCGUCUUUCGGAGAGCCCACGGCCCCCCCUCGGAGCACCGGGUCCCCGCGAGAACGCUAACCAAGCAAGGACAGCUGCCCACGUGCGCUACCCGGUUCGGUUUUCCAGGCCCGGGAUGUCGCGCCGCUGAGACGGAGGCCUGGCCUCCCGCACUCACGCUCCGGUCGGGGCGGCAAACGAGCGAAGAGGGACAUGACGCGCAGCAGGUUGUGGUCGGCACUGCACGAGGAGGGGCCGCGGGAGAAGCCAGGCGGCGCGGCGGCCCACGGGGGCACGGGGAGCUGGUGGGAGCCGGCUGUGGCGCUCGGGAGCGGGACCCACGGCGCCGGGCCGAGCAGGGGUGCGCUGCCCGAGCUGUGAGACAAAGCUCACCUCCCCACCCCCGCCCUGUCCCCAGGGGGAAGACCUUUCCAGACACUUCUCUAUUGAGUUCCUCCUAAGUCUUGUUGGCCACUGCGGCUUUUGGUCCCCAGCUGCAGGGACGAAGGGCUCCCCGCCUGGGACCAGCGUGUUGCUCCCACACAGCAGGGUUCGGAGGGACGUGGCAGGUGACGUGGCUUGACUUAGGGUCUAGGAAAGCUCCUGGCGGCUCCUGAGCAGACCUGCAGGGGUGGGGUGCGGGCAGAGGUCCGGCCAGCAGGCGGUCACAGUCGCCCGACUGCAGUGGUCCGUGAAGCAGCUGCCCGUGGCCGCCCAGGGGGUGCCCAGGCCAGCGCCAGGCCUGGCUGCGGUGGGCGAGAGGCUGGGCGGCCGUGGAGCCCAGAGGGCAGGACGCCCCGGCUCAGCCACCUCGGGGGCCUCCCCAGCGCACGCGCCGUGGACUCCAGCCACGCUGCUUUGGCACCAAAGGCAGUAGUUUGGUGAAUGCGGAACAGGCGGUUCUGCGGAAGUGUGAACUUGCCGUAUUUCUGCCCAAACGUGCGGUGUUCCACCAGGCAGGGCCAGUGUCAGCGAGCAGCGCGACGUCACCGCAGCCGUGGGGGAGGCGUGCGGGGAACAAACCGCGGCACUCCACUGCAGGGGAGACCUUGGGGCGUCGCGUGAAGACCCGGGCGGGGGGCUGGGUGCAGGCACAGGAAGCCGCUGCCUCUGAGACGAGAAGCCCCAGUGAGAACUUGGUCGUUUGACAGACACCGGGCCGCUGGCUGGAUCCCCGUCCGAGCGGCCGUGCCCGAGGGUCGCCGAGGUGGCAACAGACCGCGGCUCUGGGUGACCGUCCUGGCGCUCCUGGGGCCGGGGCCGGGCCGUGGCGUGCACCAGCGUUCCCCAGCUGUGGAAGGCCGCAGGUGCCCUGUGUUACGUAGCAGUUUUACCUUUGUACUUAGAGGCCGUUCGCACUGUUUUAUUUUCCCAGCUGUCUCUUUGAGUGUGGGGUCAGGGCUCGCUCUCUCCAUGUCUCACGGAGUCGGUGCUGCCUUGUGCUCCGUUGGGCCGGGGCAGAGCUGGCGCGGACCGGCAGAGGUCAGCCGAGCAACCGCCCACAUCGCGCCCUCCGUAAGCCGUGUGUCCGUUGCGAGUUUCUGAUUUCUUCUGUAGUUAUCGGCACUGAGAUCAGUAAACACUGAGCUAUUUGAUAAGAUCUAGCAAGACAACCUGUUAAUACCAAAAACGGAAGUUGGGAGCCGGACGAACAUGCUUGCUUUCACCUUUAUUAUUUAACAUUGGCAUUUUUAGCUAAUGCAUUAAGACAAACAAAAUAAGCAGGAUAACAGAAAAUUACCUUUAUUUUCAGAUGAUAUUUUUAUAUUCCCAGGAAGGAGAUAUACAGGAGAUCAAGAGCUCUUUAAACCACCUUGAACCUGUGGACUAUGAGAAUGGACUAUUCCGUUCAGUCAUGAUUGAGAACUGCAGGGAAUCUAUGAACGAGUUUAACCAGAACAGUCCAGGAUUGACACGAAGGAAACUGUGCAGUUUUAUUGUAAAAUCUAAAACAAUUCCUGAGCAUGUGGAGAAACCACAUGCUCCUAAAAGCUCUAAAGUAAAGUGUCAUCAUUUUAUUAAUGUAAUUCCAACAAUAUUCUCAAUAACAUUGUGGGGUUUUGUUUUGAAAUGGAAGAAAGUUGUUUAUUUCAAGUGGGCCCAGCGCAGAGCCUGACACGGGGCUUGAACUCACAACCCUGAGACCAUGACCUGAGCUGAGAUCAAGAGUCAGAUUCCUAACUGACUGAGCCACCCAGGUGCCCCUGAAGAAAGUAUUUUUAAGUCCAAAUGAAAAAGAAGUGGGGGCAAAGGGAAUGAGGCUAAAGGAUGGAAGGAGACCUGCAGGGCCUCAUGUAGCGCCGGGAAACGCAGAAUGAAACGCGAGCAUGCCGUCAUACGCCCCUGUGGCCGGUGUGCCGUCUGCCAGGGUCAGACCUGGAAAAGCGUCGGGGGACAGAAACUCGGACUCCGCGAGGGGGAGUGGAACGGGCCACAAGCCGGCGGGAGCAGUGGGGCUUCAUCCCACGGGGCUGGAGACGCGCUCGCUGGUUGGGGCCUCGGCGCCCGCAUAGCCCCCCCGCGCUCUGGGGGAGACUGGAGAUGUUACCACCAGUGUUCCUGUGGGUCCUCAGGACCUGAUAGACGACUGUACUAGGCAUCAGACCCAAGACUUAAAAACUGUACUCACUUAAAAAUAACAAUAAACCCAUUACAUGUUGACAUAAACAAUUGCAUGAAAAAUACGCUUUCCCAAACAAAAGGUUUUCACGAGAAGAGGGGCAUGUAUCACACGCCCCACGAUCUCUGGCUCAGGAGAAGGCCGCGGGCUGCCCGACCGCCGCCCCGACCGGCUCCGGACGCGGUCUGCCGCGGGACGCGCCGAUGGGUGUUUGGAAAAGCAAGGGAUCUUUUACUAACGUGUGCAGGUCGCUGUGGACACCCCUCCCGGAGGACCCCAGCCGCGCAGGCUGGUUGCCGCGUGGACUCAGCCCGCCGGCGCUUCCAGGGCUGUGUGGCGCCCAGGGGGCCCCGCUCGCCGCGCUCCUGCCCCGCUGUGCGCUGGGCCCGUGGAACAUACCGCCCCCCCAGGUCAGGCCGGGCUCUGUGCCCUCAGCGCGGCAGACGCCAGCAGAAACGCACUCUGGUCGCCUCCCGGGGCAAGACGUUAGGCUCGGGCCGUGGAGGCGGCUCCUCCGAGGUUCUGAUCUCGGCACCAAAGCCGGAUUUUGGCGCCGGUCACCACGACCACGUGGUGCCGCAGGGACAGCUGUCCAUUUCCAGGAGGCGCCCGAGUCCCUUCAGGUAAAAAGCGUGUUCCCGUGGAGAGUGCGUCCAGCUGUCCUUGGGCGGCAGCGAGACGAGGCACACUGGCUGCUCUCCGGGGCGUAGUCCUGAGGGUGGGACGGGAGUGGGCACGCAGAAUACUAGAAAGAUGUGCCCAAGGGCCAAGAUUUAAUAAAAUCAGUACACGUCACUGCCUCAUCGGGACACUCUUGGGAAACUGUUGCUUUUCGCGUGUGUGUGGUGGGAGGGACGCGGGACCCCUGGCCAGGGUUUUGGUGCCCGUCCUGAUUCUCGCCGAGGACCCCGCCGGCCGAGGACCCAGCACUGCGCAAGCCAGCAUGCUGAAGAUGACCGAGGGCAUUUUUCUUCCGUAACAACUGUUUGGGGCUCAGGGACGCUGGGGGGCCCACAGACCACAGUCCCUUCGGGGGAGGCCCAGGCAUGUGUGCAAGGCAACGGAGACGAGAACAUGCACGGUGGCCUUAUUUGUCGCUGUGUGUCCUGGAAAGCUCCGGAGGGUC